AUGUCAGUGAAACAAACUUCAGCUUCAGAAGGGAAUGUGGAGGGACCACAUGGGGAAGAAACAUUGAUAUGUCAAUUUAUUCACAUGACAAAUUCACAGGGAAGCACAUGGUUUGGGGGAAAUCCGUUCACCUACACGGUGCCACUUCUCCUGGCGCAGAUUUCUCUCAUCUUCUUCGUCACAAGCCUUAUUUGGCUCUUCCUUAGGCCUUGCAAGCAAGGAAUGAUCAGCGCACAACUCAUCGGAGGCGUCAUCAUGGGAAGAUCUUGCUUGGGUCAAAUCAAAGCUUACAGCGAUAUGAUAUUUCCUUCGGAAGGAAGACAUGUUCUAGAAACAUCAGCGGACCUAGGGUUCAUCUUGUAUCUCUUUAUACUCGGAGUCCACACAGAUCUUAACUUGGUGAAGAAAGUUGAGAGAUACGCAGUGGUCAUUGGCGUUUCCUGCUUUAUGGUGCCUCUGGCUACCGGCAUGGGUGCCAUUGUCAUGGUGACUCGCACCAUGGAGCUUGACCCCUUGACAAAACAAUGUCUCCCUCUUGUUGCAAGUCUAACGUCCAUAUCGUCAUUCCCGGUGAUCACCAGCCUGCUGACUGACCUCAAAAUUCUCAACUCAGAGAUCGGGAGAAUUGCAACACUGACGGCCCUAGUGAGCGACAUUUGCAACUAUGCUAUCUCUCUUGUUUUUGGUGGAGUGGUUGUGUAUCUGAUGAGCAAACAGUUCACAAUGAUAAUAUCCAUUAUUAGUUCCAUAUUUUUUCUCCUUGUCAUCCUCUUCAUACUCCGUCCCCUGGUCGCAUGCGUAGCUAAUCGUGUUCCAGAGGGGGAUCAGAUGAAGCAGUCACAGUUUGUUGUGGUGGCGGUGUUGGUGUUGGUAUGCGGCUUGGGUUCCGAGGUUUUGGGGCAACCAGCGGGGCUUGGCACUUUUAUCUUGGGCAUUGCGCUUCAGAAUGAUGGUAGUAUGCUAGCUACUAAGAUGGAGACAUUCAGCAUUGGGGUGCUUGUUCCGGCCAAGUUUGUUAUUAGUGGUCUUAUUGUGGAUGUUUCAUCCAUCCAAUCUAUUUCUGGAUCUGCAUAUGGGAUACUUCUUCUCAUCUGCUACACUUCUAAGUUCCUCGUUGUAUUUAUCCUUUCCCUCUACUACAAGUUUUCCAUUAGAGACGCCACGGUGUUCUCUCUGAUCAUGUGCUGCAAAGGCGCCAUCGAAGCUGCUCUUUACAUCACCUUGUUCGAGGAUGGGGUCAUAGGGCAUGAAGCAUACUCUAUUUUGUUACUAUCAAUGCUAAUGAUGACCGGAAUAGCCAGACCUCUAAUAGCACACCUCUACGACCCCUCAUCUCGAUACUUGGGCAUCUGCAAGAACUCCAUCAUGUUAAACCAGCCCCACGAUGAGUUGCGGAUACUCCUCUGCAUCCACGACACCGACAAUAUCCCCACCAUCAUCACCGUCCUUGACGCCAUGCACGGCAGCAGGCCUAUCACGCUCUUCGCCCUCGGCCUCAUGGAGCUCAAGGGCAGAGGCGCUGCAGUCCUCGAACAGACCACCGACACCACCUCCAAUCAAGCUGCAAAAGCCCUAAACUCUCUAUCAGAUAGGAACGCCGGCCGCCUCGUCGUCCGCCACUUCACCUCUAUCUCUCCCUACGCGAGCAUGCACGUCGAUGUAUGCACCCUCGCUGCCGACCAAGCCACCAACAUUGUCAUCCUCCCUUUCCACAAGCAGUUCACCAUAAACGGUGGCUUGGGGCUCAACUCCCCGCAAGUAAGGACAGUGAACCAGAACGUGAUGUCAAAGUCCCCCUGCUCUGUCGCCAUCCUAAUCGACCGAGGCCAGUUCAUUAGGCCCAAUAGCCCUACCUUCCACAUUUGCCUACUCUUCCUAGGCGGCAUGGAUGACUGUGAGGCCCUCGCCUUAUGCACCAGCUUCAUCAACAACCAAAACGUGACCCUCACUUUCAUCUGGAUACGGCCGUGGGACCAUGCCAAGCAUGGUGACCUAAAUAUGGAGAUUGAGAUGGUGAACCAGUUCAAGGCGAAGACAGCGGGGAAUAAGAGGGUCACGUACGCGGAGGAGCUGGUGCGGGACGCCAUAGACACCACAAAGGUUAUCGGAUCGGUGAAGGACUACAAUUGUAAUUUGUGUGUCGUGGGGCGGUACCACGACACAAAGUCAGAGAUCUUGGCCGGGAUUAAUGAUUGGAGCGAGUGUCCGGAGCUCGGGAUCAUCGGAGAUAUGAUGGCAACUCCUGAUUUUCAGUUUUCUUUAUUGGUAGUGCAACAGCAACAACAACUCCCUGACUACGCCACACUCCAACCCAUUGCUAGCGGGUACAUUUCAUCGUCUCGCUACAGCGAUUGCAAAGAUGACUUCGACUCAUUUCACCGUGUCUAAAAUCUAGUGUGGGAUUGUCAACUGUUUGUGUUGAUUAAAUUA